GCAGCAGCAGCAGCAGCGACAAUAAACGCUAUCUACAAACACUCUUUUUUUUGGGGUGGUAAACUAAUUCCAUCUCUUCUUCUGUAAAAAUAAAUGUAGGUCAGCCUAAUACCGAUAGAAAAAUGGCUUCUGCUGAGCAAUUGGUACUCGAUCUUUGCAAUCCCGAUCUUAGAGAAAAUGCGUUGCUUGAUCUAUCUAAGAAAAGAGAGAUAUUUCAAGAUCUUGCUCCUUUAUUGUGGAAUUCUUUUGGGACUAUUGCGGCUCUCUUGCAGGAGAUAGUUUCCAUAUACCCUGUACUUUCACCUCCAAGCCUUACUCCUGGAGCAUCAAACCGAGUUUGUAAUGCGCUUGCUCUUCUUCAGUGUGUAGCUUCUCACCCGGACACGAGAACGUUGUUUCUCAAUGCUCAUAUACCUUUGUAUUUAUAUCCUUUCCUGAAUACCACAAGCAAGACACGGCCAUUUGAAUAUUUAAGGCUUACCAGCUUAGGUGUUAUUGGUGCACUUGUAAAGGUUGACGAUACAGAAGUAAUAAGUUUCCUUCUCUCAACAGAAAUAAUCCCCUUAUGUCUGCGCACCAUGGAAAUGGGAAGUGAACUUUCAAAAACAGUAGCAACGUUUAUUGUUCAAAAGAUUCUGCUGGAUGAUGUGGGGCUGAGAUACAUCUGUGCUACAGCAGAGCGUUUUUUUGCUGUUGGUCGUGUUCUAGGAACUAUGGUCGCAUCACUUGCUGAACAACCUUCUACACGGUUGCUGAAACAUAUCAUUCGUUGCUACCUUAGGCUUUCAGAUAACCCAAGGGCUUGUGAGGCACUGAGAAAUUGCCUCCCUGACAUGUUGAGAGAUGCAACCUUCAGUCAAUGCCUGCGUGACGAUGUAACAACAAAGCGAUGGCUGCAACAGUUGAUACACAAUGUUGCAUCCGCAGGAAACAACCGGGUGGCAGCUCUUCAAGCUGGAGGAGGGCUUGAUCAUUUACUAGCUAACCAGUCGAGGGUUCUUUAAGUUCAUUUCCCUCUGACUGCGACUACUACCACAACUACUACCACAACCACAGCAACUACUAAUACGUAUUGUCUGCAUCAUCAGUACGAGUUCUAAUUUGGUACUACGUACGUAUAUUGCUUCAGGACGAAUGCGAGUCUUUCGUCGGAGCAGCAAGGGCACCCCAACCAGUGAAACGAGCCCUUCUCCUAUCAUCUUGAUUAUCUAGUGUUUCUAAUAGAUAAUAGUAGUUUUAGAAAAAAAUUGUUACAGUAAUUAUUUUGUUUAUGUUUAUAAAUUAUGCGCUCUUGUUCGUUAGAAAAGUUAGAAGUGAAAAGAAAGAACCGAAGAUGUGGCUAUUGGAACUUUCAGAGAAUUCUGUUGAGAAUUGCGAAUAUUGUCAAAUACUACAAUACUCUUUUGGCUUUUGCCGGAUGAGUUGAUGUGAUAUCGUUGUUAACAAAUGUUUCUCUUUUCCA